AUGGGUGCCUCACUUCCCACAACAUACUCUCGCCGCGACCUACGCCGUCGCCGCCGUUCCCCCCCCCCUCCCGCCGCGAUUACGCCUUCCUCGCCUGCGGAUACCACCGCCGCGAGCGCAACGCCGCUGUCCCCUCCUCCCCCCGGUCGCGACCCCCUGUCGCCGCCUCCCCCUCUCGCCGCCGCGCCUGAUUCGGCGCCGCCUGCGCAUCCCGCCGCCGCGACGCCUCGUCGCCGCCUGCCCGUCCCUCCGCCGCGACGUCACGUCGCCGCGUUCCCGCCGCCGCUCCUGCUACGGCGCCGCCUGCGCAUCCUGCCGCCGCGACGCCUCGUCGCCGCCUGCCCGUCCCUCCGCCGCGACGUCUCGUCGUCACGUUCCCGCCGCCGCGCCUGCUUCAGCGCCGCCUGCGCAUCCUGCCGCCGCGACGCCUCGUCGCCGCCUGCCCGUCCCUCCGCCGCGAUGUCACGUCGCCGCCUCCCCUUCCCGCCGCCGCGCCUGCUUCGGCGCCGUCUGCCCGUCCCGCCACCGCGACAGCUCGUCGCCCCCCUGCCCGUCCCGCCGCCGCGACCUAACAUUGCCGCCUACGCAUUCCGCCGCCGCGACUGCUCGUCGUCACCUUCCCGCGCCCCCCCGCCCCCCCCCCCCCCCCCGCCGCGAUUUCGCAUUUCCGCCUCCCCUCCCACCACCGCACCUGCUUCCGCGUCACCCACGCAUUUCGCUGCCCCUUCUGCAUCGCCACCCGCCCGCAAUUUCCCCAGCCGCAACUGCAACAUCGUCGCCCCGCGGUUCCCGUUAACGCGACUGCGCCGCCGCCGCCCUGCCGCCGCCACUGCUUCGGCGCCGCCUGCCCAUCCUCCACCGCGACCGCGCCAUCCCCGCCCACACUUCCUGCCGCCGUGA